AACAGAUGAAGAAGACCGUGGGUCCUUUAUUAUGGAUAUCUAUGCCCGCAGCAGCAGCGUUAGCUUCCUUCCUCCGUGGAGUGUUUGUAGAGAGGCUGAUGAUGUGUGAGUGUUUGCAGGGAGAAUGUGUUCAGUCAAGCUUCAAGGAGAGUUUAUCAGCGAGCAGUUAACUCCUGCUGAAGAAACAUUGACGGAGGUUAAAGGAAGAGAGAAAAGACCCAAAGUGGAGAUGGACGAUCAGCACAGACUGCUGGAUUUCACCAGGAUCCCCCAGAGCAUCUUACACCGGAUAGACCGCCUGCAGGAUUAUGUUGGAAAAGAAGAGGUUUUCCCUGAGCAGCAGUUCUCUGAACAGGAGAGGAAUUCCAGUUUGGACCAAUCAGAACCAGAACUUCUGCAGAUAAAAGAAGAGCAGGAAAAGCCAGAACAUCCCUGGAUAAAAGAGGAGACCAUGGAGCUCCACAUAAGUGAGCACGAAGAGCAGUUUGUUGAGACUGGAGAUACAGAAAGGAACCCUUUCCCAUGUUUGACAUGUGGAAAAAGGUUUCUAAAGAAAAAAUAUUUAUUGGUUCACAUGAGAAUUCACACAGGUCGGGAGAUUUACAAAUGUUGGUCUUGUGGAAAAAGGUUUACCAGAAAACAAUAUUUUGAUAAACACAUCAGAAUUCACACAGGUGAGAAAUCUUUCAAAUGUUUAUUCUGUGGAAAAAGCUUUACCAUAAAAGAUUAUCUUGAUCAACACAUUAGAACUCACACAGGUGAAAAACCUUUCCAAUGUUUGUCCUGUGGAAAAAGCUUCGCAAGAAAAGAGAAUCUUAAUAAACACAUCAGAAUUCACACAGGUGAGAAGUCGUUCUCCUGUACUCUUUGUGGCAAAAGUCUAGCUAGCAAACAUAGCCUGACCAUUCACAUGAGAAUUCACACAGGUGAGAAGCCUUUUAAAUGUGAGUCCUGUGAAAAAAGCUUUACCGAGAAAUGCUCUCUUGAUAAACACAUCAGAAUUCACACUGGUGAGAAGUCGUUCUGCUGUACUCUUUGUGGCAAAAGUCUUGCUAGCAAACAAAGCCUGACCAUUCACAUGAGAAUUCACACAGGUGAGAAGCCUUUUAAAUGUGAGUCCUGUGGAAAACGCUUUACCGAAAAAGGCUCUCUUUAUUAUCACAUCAGAAUUCACAAAGGUGAGAAGCCUUUCAAAUGUGAGUCCUGUGGAAAAAGCUUUACCGGUAAAGGUUCUCUUGAUAAACACAUCAGAUUUCACACAGGUGAGAAGCCAUUCUCCUGUGCUCUUUGUGGCAAAACUCUUGCUAACAAACAUAACCUGGCUUCUCACAUGAGAAUUCACACAGGUGAGAAGCCAUUUAAAUGUGAGUCCUGUGGAAAAUGCUUUAUCCAAAAAUUUGCUCUUGAUCAACACAUCAGAAUUCACACAGGUGAGAAGCCAUUCUCCUGUGCUCUUUGUGGCAAAACUCUUGCUAACAAACAUAACCUGGCUUCUCACAUGAGAAUUCACACAGGUGAGAAGCCAUUUAAAUGUGAGUCCUGUGGGAAAUGCUUUAUCCAAAAAUGUGCUCUUGAUAAACACAUCAGAAUUCACACGGGUGAGAAGCCUUUCAAAUGUGUUUCAUGUGGAAAAAGUUUUACCGAUAAAGGUUAUCUUCAUGUACACAUGAGAAUUCACAGAGGUGAGAAGCCAUUUAAAUGUGUGUGCUGUGGAAAAAGCUUUUGCCAAAAAGGUGAUCUUGAUCAACACAUCAAAAUUCACACAGGUGAGAAGCCUUUCAAAUGUGAGUCCUGUGGAAAAAACUUUAGCCAUAAAGGUUAUCUUAAUAAACACAUCAGAACUCACAUAGCUAAGAGUUUUAAAUGUGAGUCCUGUGGAAAAAGCUUUACCCAAAAAUGUGCUCUGGAUGAACACAUCAGAAUUCACACAGGUGAUAAGCCUUUCAAAUGUGAGUCCUGUGGAAAAAGCUUUACCGAUAAAGGUAUUUUUGAUAGACACAUCAGAUUUCACACAUGUGAGAAGACGGUCUCCUGUACUCUUUGUGGCAAAAGUCUUACUAACAAACAUAACCUGGCUUCUCACAUGAGAAUUCACACAGAUGAGACGCCAUUCACCUGUACUCUUUGUGGCAAAAGUCUUGCUUACAAACAUAACCUGGCUUCUCACAUGAGAAUUCACAGAGGUGAGAAGCCAUUUAAAUGUGAGUGCUGUGGAAAAAGCUUUAGCCAAAAAUGUACUCUUGAUAAACACAUCGUAAUUCACACAGGUGAGAAGCCUUUCAAAUGUGUCUCAUGUGGAAAAAGCUUUACCGAUAAAGGUUAUCUUCAUGUACACAUGAGAAUUCACACAGGUGAGAAGCCUUUCAAAUGUGUCUCAUGUGGAAAGAGCUUUAUCAGAAAACAGCAUCUUAAUAAUCACAUGAGAAUUCACACAGGUGAGAAGCCAUUUUCCUGUACUCUUUGUGGCAAAGGUCUUGCUAGCAAACAACGCAUGAUUUGUCACAUGAGAAUUCACACAGGUGAGAAGACUUUCAAACAUGUGUCCUCUGGAUAAAGCUUAAAGGAAUAGUACACCCAAAACAUGAUUAGCCUUAAUUUUCUACUCACCCCCAUGCUGAACAACACUCUGGAGUACUUUUUUGAUAUCUCAAA